CCCAACCAAAACCUAGCUUUGUCCAAAAACCCAAAGUCCUCCCUUUCCCCUCCCCCUCCCCGCUUUCCACCAUUUCGUCGAACACCUUCUCCGAUCGCGCGCCGCCGCCCAUGGGGGAGGCCUCCGAGUAUGACGGGGUGGAUGUGGCGGCUGUAUCGGCGAGGUUGCUGGAGCUGGUGGCCGACGACGAUGUGACGGCGCUCGUCGACCUCCUCGCCGCGCACCCGCUCCUCGCGGAUGAGCCGGCGCCGUGGUACUCUCCGGCGCGGGGCGCGGAGCCCAUGACGCCGCUCAUGGUCGCCGCCGCGUACGGGUCCGUGGCUUGCCUCGACGCCCUCCUCUCGCCGCCCCACCUCGCCGACCCCAACCGCUCCUCCGCCUCCUCGCUCUCCACCCCGCUCCACCUCGCCGCCGCGGGCGGCGCUCCAUCCGCACCCACCACCGUUUCCCGCCUCCUCGCCGCCGGCGCCGACCCUACCCUCCUUGACCAUCUCCACCGCCGGCCGUCAGACCUCGUCGCGCUGCCGCCCAACUCGUUGCCCCUCAAGAACCACAUCCUCUCACUCCUUGGCGCCCGGAAGGAGUGGCCACCGGACCCCUCACUCCCGGACAUCAAGAACGGCGCAUACGCUUCCGACGACUUCCGCAUGUAUUCCUUCAAGGUCCGCGCGUGCUCCAGGGCCUACUCCCACGACUGGACGGAGUGCCCCUUCGUCCACCCAGGGGAGAACGCUCGGCGGAGGGAUCCGAGGAAGUACCACUACAGCUGCGUGCCGUGCCCGGAGUUCAAGAAGGGCGCCGGGUGCAGGAGAGGGGACAUGUGCGAGUAUGCGCACGGGGUGUUCGAGAGCUGGCUCCACCCGGCGCAGUACCGGACGCGCCUCUGCAAGGACGGCGUCGGCUGCGCGCGCCGCGUCUGCUUCUUCGCUCACACGCCGGAGGAGCUCCGGCCGCUGUACGUGUCCACAGGCUCGGCCGUGCCGUCGCCCCGCGGGGCGAUGGAGAUGGCGGCCAUGGGGAUGGGGCUGUCAUCUCCGGGAUCUUCGUUCACGCCACCGCUGUCGCCGUCCGGUGGAGGGAGUGGCAUGGCGUGGCCGCAGCCUAACCUGCCGGCGCUGUGCCUCCCCGGGAGCGCAGGGAACUUGCACCUGAGCCGACUGCGCACCUCGCUGAGCGCGAGGGCUAUGGCGGUCGACGAGCUUCUGGCCUCGGGGGACUAUGACAAUCACCUUGGAUCGCCUGCCUCUGUGCGGUCGGCGAGGGGGAAGGCGCUUGUGCCGUCAAAUCUCGAUGAACUGUUCUCGGCGGAGAUGGCGGCCUCCCACUCGCCGCGGUACGGCGACCAGGGCGGCGCUGCGUUCUCGCCGACGCACAAGGCCGCCUUCCUGAACCAGUUCCAGCAGCAUCAGAGCUUGCUCUCGCCACGGGCUGCGGCCACCCCAGAGCCUGUCUCCCCAAUGAGCUCCCGGCUGCUCGCUGCGUUGGCGCAGCGGGAGAAGAUGCAGCAGCAGACACUGCGAAGCAUGAGCUCAAGAGACCUGGGUUCCAGCGCCCCGCUCCUGGUCGGCUCACCGGUGGUGGGCUCUAGCUGGUCCAAAUGGGGCCUCCCCUCGGGCACCCCAGACUGGGGUGCCGACAACGACGAGCUUGGCCGUCUCAAGCGGUCGUCCUCGUUUGAUCUCCGGUCUGGGGCCAACACCGAUGAGCCUGACCUCUCAUGGGUCAAUACCUUAGUAAAGGAGCCCACGCCGGAGAAAUCAUCAACCAACGGGACCAUGGCAACAGAGUCUAUUGGCAUCUUGGGCCGAUCAGCAAGCCACCACGGGAGCAUUGCCGGUGAUGACAGUGCCAUCUUGGGUGGAUCAGCGAACCACCGUGAGGGCAUCGACGGUGAGGAGGACGCCGCCACUGGUGUCAUCGGUGGCUGGCUCGAACAGCUCCAGCUCGAUGAGAUGGGAAUUAAACCUUUCCGGGCGGGGAAAAAGAAUCCGAGGUCGGCAGGGGCAUUGACAAAGAUUGUGCUUGGAAUUUGGACGGAUCCCUUCUCUUUCUCCUGGAGGCAUUGAAAAGGAUUGGAUGGUUAACAUCAUAGUACACAUCGACCACUGCGAAGUUCAUUUCUGAUGCGCUAUCGAUGAGUCCUCGUCUGCCCUGACCGAUGCAUCUUUCUUGUCAUAAUAAAACAACUGGCACGGACGGUGGCUCGGUAUGGUCGCCUCACGCCUUGGCUCACCCGCUGUGCUGACAUGUACUGUGUGACCUGGGAUACAAAAUUGGGCUGCAUUAUCCUGGCAUGCAUAAUUUACCUACGAAGGUCUUGCACUGGAGACAAGAGCUGCUGUCUCGGGCCUACCAACAUGACCUGCAAAACGUGGGUGCGCCAAUAUGAACAAUUACUGUGUUAGGAGUUGCUUUAUAUAUAAGAAAUAGGGUGGAAGCCUGUUUCAAGAGGAGUAUGAUAAAAACUUAUUGUUUUCUUGAAGUUUCAAGUGAUUCCAAACUAGCUCCGGUC